AUGCAUCUGGCCAUCAACUUUUGUAUCAUUUUGGUUGGAUUAGCGAGUAAGAACAGUUCAGAUUUUGCAAUCAUUUUCAGCAUUCGUCUGAUUUUCAAUUUUUGUAUUACGCUCUUGAUAGCUAUCACCUCAAGUUCACCCCUCCCAAUCAUACCGCACACCGAAGUAGGAAACUUGAGAUCGCGAAGCUCCAUUGCAAUAGAUAAUCGUGCUCUCACUCGAGCUUCUGUACGUUACGAGCGCAGGCAUAAUUGGGGACUCUAUUCGUUCCAGAAGUACGGCCUUCCAUACACUCCAAAGAGCAAGGAAGGCAGUUAG